GGAGGUGUUUCAAAAGAGGUCAGAUGUUGUCAGACUUGCUCUUCAACCUCAUUGAAAGGCUGUAUAGCUGAAGCACCAACUCUGGAGCCAGGCUGCCGGGAAGUGUGAAAUCCAGGCUUUGCUCUGUAGCGAAGUGGAGAGCCACGAUGGCUGUCCUCUCCAAGGAAUACGGCUUCGUGCUCCUGACCGGUGCUGCCAGCUUUGUCAUGGUGCUUCAUCUAGCCAUCAACGUCGGCAAGGCCCGCAAGAAGUACAAGGUGGAGUACCCUACCAUGUACAGCACAGACCCCGAAAAUGGGCACCUCUUCAACUGCAUCCAGAGAGCCCACCAGAACACGUUGGAAGUGUACCCUCCUUUCCUGUUUUUUCUAGCAGUUGGAGGUGUUUAUCACCCGCGUGUAGCUUCUGGCUUGGGCCUGGCCUGGAUCGUCGGCCGAGUUCUCUACGCGUACGGCUACUACACAGGAGACCCCAGCAAGCGAAAUCGAGGAGCCGUGGGGUCUCUUGCCCUCCUUGCCUUGAUGGGCACCACUGUGUGCUCUGCGUUCCAGCAUCUUGGCUGGGUGAAAACUGGCUUAGGUGGUGGGUCCCAACGCUGCCACUGAAGAGUUACGGGAAUUUAAAGACUCUCAUUCGUUCUGAAUGACUUACCUUUAUUUCCAGUUACUUUUUUUUUAAAAUAUAAUAAAAACUUACCUGGCUUCGGCCUCAGA